CGUGUGGCUGCACCUGUUUCAACCUCGGAGCCGGAAGAAAGACGUUAAUUAUCCUCUUCAUAAAAUGUUUGACAUUAAAGUCACAGCUGAUUCAAACAGAAGAAGAAGAAGAAGAAGAAGAAGAAACGCGUGGAUCUGCGGGGACUCCUCUCUUCUCUUCUUCUCUGACCUGCAGAGGCAGAAUGGCGUCCUGGUGUUGGUCGUCUCUGGUCCUCUGUCUCCUCCUCACGUCGUCCUCGGCUCAUGACGACUUCUUCACCUCCAUCAGUAAGAUGACUGACCUGCUGUUCACAGAGAAGGACCUGCUCACGUCUCUGAAGAACUACAUCCAAGCAGAGGAGAAGAAACUGGAGCAAAUCAAAACGUGGGCUGAUAAACUGGACGUCCUCUCAGCUGCUGCCACUCAGGACCCUGAAGGUUUCCUCGGUCAUCCAGUGAAUGCCUUCAAACUAAUCAAGAGGCUCAACACUGAGUGGGCGGAGCUAGAGAGUCUGGUGCUGAGUGACAUGUCUGAUGUUUUCGUCUCUAACCUCACUGUCCACAGACAGAACUUCCCUGACUCUGACGAUGAGACCGGAGCAGCCAAAGCUCUGCUGAGACUGCAGGACACGUACCAGCUGGACACGGAUGCCAUCGCCACUGGACACCUGCCAGGCUCCUCCUCUAACCGCGGCUCUCUGACGGUCAGCGACUGCUUCGACAUCGGGAGGUCGGCGUACUUGCAGAAAGACUACUAUCACGCGCAGCUGUGGAUGAUUCAGGCUCUGAAGCAGUUGGACCAGGGAGAGACGUCCAGCAGCGUGGACGCCAUCACCGUCCUGGACUAUCUGAGUUACACACUGUACCAGCAGGGGGAGCUGGAGAGAGCGCUGCAGCUCACCAAGAGGCUGCUGGAGCUCGAUCCGACGCACCAGCGAGCUACCAAAAAUCAAAAGUACUUUGAGCAUCAGCUGUCCAAUCAGAAGGGAGAGGAGAAAAGGGCGGAGUCUGCGCGGAGUCCAAAGGGGGCGACACACAAUGUCCCUGACGACUUCCUGCCAGUGAGGCGGCGCUACGAAGAGCUGUGUCGAGGCGAAGGCGUGUCGAUGACGCCACGCAGGCAGAUCCGCCUCUUCUGCCGUUACUAUGACAACAAUCGCCACCCGAGGUACGUAAUUGGUCCAGUGAAGCAGGAGGUCGAGUGGGACCGCCCCUUCAUCGUCCGCUACCAUGACAUCGUGUCGGACAAAGACUUGGAGACGGUCAAAGAGCUCGCCAAGCCCCGGCUCCAACGAGCCGGUGUCUAUCAUGCUAAAACUGGCAGAGGGAAGACGGUUGACUACCGCAUCAGUAAGAACGCGUGGCUCAGAGAACACGAACAUCCAGUUAUCGAUAAGAUCAACCAGAGGAUCGAGGACAUCACAGGUCUGGACAUGUCCACAGCUGAACACUUGCAGGUGGCUAACUACGGUGUUGGUGGACAGUACGAGCCUCACUAUGACUUUGGGCGGGAAGAAAGAUCAGAGGAGUUGGGAAGGAGAAUCGCCACCUGGCUGCUUUACAUGAGUGACGUACAGGCAGGGGGCGCCACAGUCUUCACUGAUGUCAGAGCUUCUGUGAAGCCUAUAAAGGGGACGGCCGUGUUCUGGUACAACCUUUAUGCCAGCGGAGAAGGAGACGAUCGGACGAGACACGCUGCCUGUCCGGUUCUGGUCGGGAGCAAAUGGGUGUCCAAUAAAUGGAUCCAUGAGCGAGGACAAGAGUUCAGGAGACGCUGCGGUCUCGGCAAAACGGACUAGCAACGCUAACUUUGCCCCUGCCGGUCAACUUAAUGAUUAAAUAUUUUAUAUUAGAUAUUAAUGAUCAAUAUGUUCGAUCAGUUCAGAUUUAAUCACCUGCUUUUAUUUUGAAAAACUUUUCCAAACACUUCAGAGAGAAAAAAAACGAUGAGUCAUGAAACAGUCACCUCUGUUUCAUGACUCAUCAUUUUUUUGUCUCACCUGACACAACCAACAGUACUCAGCGAAAAAACUUUAUUGAUACAAAUUUGUAUUUAUUUUGAUGUUGAACACACACACACCAAUAAAGUUUAAUCAUUAA